CAGUAGGUUUUUCCUCCUAUGACUUUUAUUCUAAUUCAAAAUUUAAAGCGUUUGGUUUUUUAAAUCCUGUUCCUCACCUUCUCUCCGUGUCCCUGCACUCCCGACCAUGGCAAUAGUACCAAUUUCCAACAUCCACUCUAUACGAGCGAAUCCUCUCCAGGGUCUAGAAUUCUUAUACGUUCCACUGCAUUAUAGUGUACACUUGACCACGACUUUGAUUUCGGCCAUCGGGAACUUCUUGUACCGCCUGUGGUCGCCGCCCUUGAGGAGAAGUUGUUGAUCCCAAUUUACAAUUU